AGGGCAAAAACAGCUGACAAUUUGUGAUGUGCUCGAAAAAAGUAAAAACAACAACAAACAGCAUAGAUUGAGAUUAGAAUAUGUUUCGACAAAAUAUAUUAGACUGCUACAGCUGAUAAGUGUGGUAGUGGUUCUGUUAUUUGUUUAAACAAAUUCAACACAUAUGGUUCUACGUGUUUUAGCUACAACUCUGCUCUUUUAACGUUCGACUCCCCGUUCAGAUUUUACGCGAAGAUCAAGUUCAUUGAUGUGGUGUGAAGUGAGUGAGGAAUAUUCAUUGCUAAGUGCUUAUCUGUCUAUUAUUGCAUUAUGGCAAAAGAAAGAUUCUCUUUGCUGCUGCUGGAGCCGGGAGAGAUCUAUUUCGAAGAUUUCUCCGUAGAUCUGUUGCAACCGGAUGAUACAACUACCCACCACCCAUCUUUGUCAUGUUCACAAUCGCUAAUUGGCCGGUUCAAAAUGUGCUCAAAAUCGAUAGUUUUCGAGGCAAAAGCCAACCUGAAAUUUCCACUGAUUAAAGUAGCAUACAAGGACUGUCUACAAAUUAAACGUUGGGAACCGUCCAGUCUGAAGACAAUGGAGUGCAACGUACUAGCGAUCGAGUGCAGUCAGUACACGGAGAUGCUCAACGAUAACAUUGUACAGCCGUAUCUGUUCCGGCAGGAGCGUAGAACUUUUCUGUUUAAUUUUCACUAUGCCAAACUGGAGGAUUACAUCCAGCAGCUGUGUCAGCUUCAUCGGGCAUCGACACUGCAUGCCCAUGAACAGAACAGCAUGAUAGCAACAAUCGUAUUCUCUCGCCACAACCGUGUGAAAUUUAACCCGCUUUGGUUAGAUAACCUGUAUGAGAAAAUCAUCGUCGAUUACCAGGUGGACGAAAUCAAUCCGCUUGUAGUGAAUCCCGGUCGGCUGUUGUUGACAAAUGUGUUCGUGUACUUUCAGCCGUACAACAAUAUUCAAACGUACCCCGUCUUGAAAAUACGGCUGAAAUGGAUAAAAAGUUUUAUCAAACGUCGCUUCCUGCUACGUCAUGUCGGCCUAGAAAUGAAAUGGUGCCACGCAGACCAGGAUCACCUGUUGUACGUUUCCUUCCGAACGCAGGCGGAGCGGGACGACUUUUACAACAACGUAGUCGAACAGGAAGAAUUCUCCGUAGUGGAGCAAAUCCCAGAGAGCAUUACUCUCAAGUGGCAAAAUGGACUAAUCUCAAACUACGAUUAUUUACUGUAUCUAAACAGUUUGGCCGAUCGAACAUAUCAAGAUCUGACACAGUACCCGGUGUUUCCGUGGGUCAUCAGUGAUUACAGUUCGGCACGUUUGGAUCUGGAUGAUCCAAAUGUUUACAGGGAUUUGACUAAACCAAUCGGAGCGUUAAACGAGGAGAGAUUACAAAGACUGACUGAACGUUACGAAGAAAUGGGUGAUCCAAAGUUCUUGUAUGGAUCACACUACUCAGCUCCCGGAUUAGUUCUGUUCUAUUUGGUACGAAAAUAUCCAAAAUUAAUGCUUUGCCUACAAAAUGGACGAUUCGAUCACCCAGAUCGCAUGUUCAACAAGGUUGAGGACGUGUAUAAUAACUGUUUGCUGAACAUGGCGGAUUUUAAAGAGCUGGUGCCGGAGUUUUACGAUACAGAUACAAAAGGAGAUUUUCUAGUGAACAAGAUGAAGAUUAAUUUCGGACAACGUUUUGAUGGAACUCCCGUUAAUCAUGUGCAGCUACCCAAAUGGGCUGAAGGAUCUCCUGAGAAAUUUGUGGCAAUUCUUAGAGAUGCUUUGGAGUCAGAUUAUGUAUCUAGCAAGUUACAUUUUUGGAUUGAUUUGAUAUUUGGAUACAAGCAGAGAGGCGAAGAAGCGGCAAAAGCGAAUAAUUUGUUCUACCACCUCUGCUACGAAGGUUCAGUAGAUUUGGAUAAAAUCAAAGACCUCGCUGGGAGACAUGCGCUAGAGGUGCAAAUUUCCGAAUUUGGCCAAAUUCCAAAGCAAUUGUUUAAAACGCCUCACGUUUCGAAGCUAUUGAAAAUCGAAGCUCCUCUUGACAGUACUGCUGUUAUGUCUACUGAAAGCGAAAUAUGCAUCGAUCUGGAUAUUCAGUACUACUCCCAUAAAGAUGAAAUUACCUCGCUGCUGCUGGAUGAAACGAUGGGAAGCAUCUUCACGACCAGCAAGGAUGGCACCUUCAAGUGCUACAGUUUGACUGAAAAACGACAGAUUCGCAGCGUGCAAGUCAGCGAUAUGCCACUGAGCGCUGCUCGGCUGAGCAGUGGGAAGUCUAUCAUUCUAGGGUGCUGGGACAAUAGCAUAAUAAUUUACAACUUGGAUUACGGUAAGAUUUCCCAGGUGAUACCGGCACAUGACGAUGCUGUAUCUUGCUUAUCCACGAUGGAAGGAAACGAUCUGCUAGUAUCCGGCAGUUGGGAUUGUAGUGUUAAGAUUUGGAAUAGUUUUCACAUCGACGCUGUUAUCGGUUACUUAUCACUAGAAGAUAAAAUAGUCUCACUCGACACGUUCCACUCGGAUAUGCGACUGAAAAUUGCUGUCGGUACUGCCAGUGGUGAAGUGUUCCUGUGGAAAGUAAUUCUGAGCGGCAAUGGUCAGCCACCGAACGAUGUUGAAUUCCAGGAUCACAAGCAGAUUGUUAUGCAUCGCGGUGGAGUAUGUGCUGCUCUCUUCAAUCGAAAUUGUUCGCUGAUUGUCAGCUGUGGUGAGGAUCGAAUGUUUAACAUCGUAGAUAUUGAUACCGGAAUGAUGGUAUUCAAGCGGGAAAUGCCGACCGUAGUCGGAACCCUUUGCUGGACAAAGGACGACAAGUAUCUACUCAUGGGGGAUCGAGCAGGUACUUUGCAUGUGUGGAAUAUGCUGGAGGGCGCGAUUCAAAUGGAUAUUAGAAUGCAUUCUGACGUCGUAUACUGCAUCGGAUGUACAUGUGGUGGUCAGAUCAUAACUGGUGGGAAGGAUGGUCGGGACUAUUGUGUAAAAAUAUGGAAAAGCAAUUUGUGAGCAAGCGAUUAACUCUAGGUGUUAUUUUAGUUCGCUUUGAGCGUGCGAUCAAAGUCUUCUCGAGAUAAUUUUUUCAAUAAUUGCUUUGUUUUAAUCUUCCGUUAGUCAAAGAAAAAAGUAAAAAUCUCAUUUAUUAGUUUA